GUGGCUAACCUUCGACCGCCUCACACGUUUGUCGUACGUUGUGCUGUGGUGCUCCUCGUCUUCCCAUUUCUCUUUUCUUGAGCAGGAAAAGCUCAUCAGACUGCUGCUGCACCAGUCACUGUACGAUAAGAGGGGGACAAGAUGGCGGUCGACAGCGCCAGGUCGCUUCAGUACGAAUACAAGGCGACCUCCAACCUUGUGUUGCAAGCCGACAGGUCGCUGAUCGACAAACGAGGGAGGGAUGAGGCAACGGGCGAGGUUCAGACGCUGGUCGGGAAAAUUGACGGGGACCAGGAUGGGUGACCGCGCCGAGAGAACACGCCCACCUGUACCACAGGCAGACAAGCCAAAGAAGAAGAAGUCUCGACGAACCAGUGAGCCGGCAGAGGACUACCCGGUCAUAGCCAAAGGCUCCAGCCUCCUCUCGUCUGAGAUGGAGGAGCUGAGCGGCGUCUACUACCGACCUCGGACCCGAGAGACGAAAUCCACCUACGAAAUCCUCCUCAGCUUCAUCCAGAAGAUGAUUGGAGACCAGCCUCGUGAUGUUCUGUGCGGAGCGGCAGACGAGGUCCUGGCCACGCUCAAGGCCGACCACAUGAAGGAGAAGGAGAAGAAGAAGGAGAUAUCCUCGCUGCUAGGAGCUCUGGACGACGAGACGUUUGCCAUGCUCUCCGGGCUCGGUCGACGCAUCACUGACUACGGAACUGACAAAGGCGCCGCUAUGGAGACUGAUGCCAUAGAUGAGAACUAUGGAGUGGCGGUGGUGUUCCAGGAGGAGGAAGGAGAGGAGGGAGGAAGGACAGAGAACGUGGUGGCCACGGAGCAGGACCCAGCCGACGAUGAGGAGGAAGGGAUGGAGGCAGAGUUCGAGGGGGUCAUUCACGGAGUGAUUGACUCCGAGAGGGCCGGGGCGGAGAAAGCCAAGGAGAAACUGGAGCCACGGAGUGUGGACGCCUAUUGGCUGCAGAGAGAGCUAAACAAGUUCUUCAAAGACCCCAUUGGAGUUGAAGAAGGCCGGACGAAGUCCUAGAGAUUCUCAGGGAGCCGGCGACAUCAGAGGAUGCGAGACCAAGAUGUCCUCCUCCUCGGCACGACCAGUUUCAGUUCAUCAAUGGUGCUGUCAAAGAAAAGGUGACUGUUGCUCUAUGCCACUCUGUGGCAAGGCAGAGACGAUGCCGACAGGGAGAGGAUCGAGGAGGAGUGAGUGCACAGACCCCCGAGAAAAAGGCCUUCCUCAACGGCCUGUAAUGGUGGAGUCAGAGGACAUUGUUCAGGGGAGAGAGCCCGGAAAGCGAUGUCGCGAAAAUCUCGGAAGGAGUCAGACCUCGACGCCGAGAAUGCGAAUCCAGGAGGAAGAACGG